AUGUCUAACGAGGAUAGAGAAGCCACUGCAGACGAUUCUCUCUUUGAGAACUCCUUCCGUGACCUCAACGUGAAUGAUGACGAUGACGAAGGAAGGAUCCGUACCGAGGACGAGUACGCCCAGGAAACACUAACUCUCCGCGCCAUCGUUUCCUCUAAAGAAGCCGGUGUCAUCAUCGGCAAGGCUGGGAAGCACGUUGCUGAUCUCAGAGAUGAGACUGGUGUGAAAGCUGGUGUCAGCAAGGUGGUGCCUGGCGUCCACGACAGAGUUCUUACUGUCACUGGAGCACUGGAGGGAGUUUCCAGGGCGUAUGCCAUGGUUGCUGCCACUUUGUUGGAGAGCCCGUUGAGCAGCACGAUGAGCACCUCUGUGCCUGCUGGACAGCAUCCCAUUCGUCUGCUUAUUUCCCACAACCACAUGGGCACCAUCAUCGGUCAGAAGGGUUUCAAAAUCAAGCACAUCCAAGAUGUUUCCGGUGCACGCAUGGUUGCAUCAAAGGAGAUGCUCCCGCAAUCAACUGAGCGUAUCGUCGAGGUUCAGGGUGACGCCAACUCCAUCCGUCUCGCAAUCUGGGAAAUCGGAAAGUGCCUCGUUGACGACUGGCAGAGAGGGAAUGGAACAAUUUUGUACGAUCCCUUGGUUCGUUCUCAAGGCUCUGAGCUUGAAGGAGGUACUGGUACAGGAGGACGGAUGAGGUCCGGCAACGGUGGUAUGGGAGGUGAUAGGUACCAGGAGCGCGGAAGCAGAGGCUCUUACACUCGCACUGGAAACGGCGCCGACUUCUCGGACAGCUCUUACCGCCGCACUGGAGCUCCCACGUCUAUGCGUACCUCGGACCGCUCUCCCUCAGCGCCCAGCCAACCUAUGGUUUCUGAGGAUGGAGAAGAGUAUCAAACUCAGAACAUCUCCAUCCCUGCCGAUAUGGUUGGUUGCAUCAUUGGGCGUGCAGGAUCCAGGAUCCAGGAAAUCCGUAGGAGCUCUGGAGCAAAGAUCAGUAUUGCUAAAGCCGCCCACGACGAGAGUGGCGAGAGGCUGUUCACACUCAUCGGAACCCCUUCUGCGAAUGAAAAGGCUCUUUACCUGCUUUACGAGAACUUGGAGGCCGAGAAGAUUAGGAGGUCUGCCCAGGGGAGCCCUGGUCACGAAUAG